CCAUGGCCAAGGGCAGGCGGGGCUGGUUCCGCCAGCUGCGGAAUUACGCCGUUUCUUCCCUCUGACUCUGACUCCAUGUAGCGGAGACUGAUAGGACACAUGGACUUUGAGUCUGGGGGUGAGGAUCGAAGGAAUUGUACAUCGCAUCAGAUAAGGAAAUGAGGCAGGGGACAGCCUUGGAGGGUAUACAGCUGGAAAGGGAUGAAGGGAAGAAAUCCAAGGAGGCCCUGGAGCCCGAGGCUCAUGUUGAACGAGGAGGUGUGAGAGGACAGGGCCCCUGCAGAGGACGCCUGGGCUCAGGGCCCUCAGUAAAGCUCCCGGCAACACUCAGUGGUCUCUCCGUCACACAGGUCCUGGCUUGGAAGCAAGAUGGGCUUUCAUAAGGCUCCAAGAAGUACCCCUGGGCAGCAGAAGUUGAUCUUGAGAGAAAGUAACUUCUACCUGGCCCCUCUAGCUGAAUUUCACAGCAGGCACUGGGCAGACUCUGUCCUGCCCGCUGAGAGCCAGGCCGGGGACAGGUUUUGCCUCUGGAAGACAGGGAAGACACAGAGACCAUGAAGGAACGGACUCAAAAUCACCCAGCAGGUUUGCCUUCUGGCUCUACUGACUGGCUCCAGGGAAAAGAGGGCAAGGCCCAAAUGCUGGUACUGGUUACAUUCGGAGGUGUGGCUGUGGUCUUCACGGAUGCGGAAUGGAAGAGACUGAGCUCUGAGCAGAGGAGCGUCUGCAAAGAAGUGAUGCUGGAGAAUUACAAGAGCCUGCUCUCAUUGGCAGAACCAAAGCCAGAAAUCUAUCCCUGUGCCUCCUGCCUUCUGGCCUUCUUCUGUCAGCAAGUCCUUAGCCAACAUGUGCUUCAGAUCGUCUUGGGCUUAAAUGUAGAGAAUCUUUUCCAUCCAAGGGAUUCUGGCCCCAGGCAUUGGGAGUGGCAGUAUUCGCUCAGAGCUGCUGGUUUGGAAACACAGAAGGUCAUCAGAGUGAAAGUGGUUCCUGGCCCCUAUGUGUGGGGACAGAGGAGACAGAGACCUCAGGAGCAUUCCCCAGCCUACCCCGAGCAUAGUCAGCAAGAACUAGAGAAGGCCCCAUGGUGGUAGAGACAGAGCCUAGCUCAGCCCAAAGGCUAAACCCUGUGCAAACAGACAGGGGAGGGAGAGACGCCUCAAGACCCAGGGUACUCAGUGGUACAGAACCUGAACCAGACGAUCGCCUGAAAUCAGACUUUGUUACAAAGCAGACGACCCACUUGCGGGAGAAACCCUAUGUUUGCAGGGAGUGCGGGUGAGGCUUUAAAGUGGAUUCAACCCUCAUCAGACACCAGUGGACACACUCAAAGAAGAAGCCUUAUGGGCCCAGUGAGUGUGGCCGAGGCUUCAGCCAGAUGUCGAUCCUCAUUAAUCAUCAGAGGACACACUCAGGAGAAAAGCCAUAUGUUUGUAAGGAGUGUGGCUGAGGCUUUAGCCAGAAGUCCAACCUCAACAGACACCUAAGAACACAUUCAGAAGAGAAGCCUUGUGUGUGCGCGGAGUGUGGGCAGAGCUUUAGAAAUAAGUCAGUCCUGAUUAGAUGUCAGUGGACUCACUCUGUGGAGAAGCCUUAGGUCUGCAGCGAGUGUGGGCGAAGCUUCAGGGAGAAGUCAUACUUCAUCAGACACCAGAGGACACACUGGGGGGAGAAACCCUAUGUGUGCGUGGAGUGUGGUCGAGCCUUUGGUGAUAAGUCAGUCCUUAGAAAACACCAGAGGACACACUCAGAUGAGAAGCCUUACGUUUGUGGGCUUUUGGGGUAAGUCAGCCCUCAGCAUACAUGACAGGAUACACUCGGGGGAGAAGCCUUCCUUGUGUGGUGAGUGUGGCCAAGCCUUAAGCCAGAAACCACUUCUCAUUCACUAGAGGACCCACUCCGGGAGAAGUAUUGUGUUUUCAGGGAGUGUGGGCAGGGCCUUAGCCCUAGGGUAAAUCUUCUCAUACACCAGAGGAUACAGUGAGGCGAGAAGCCUCCAGUGUGCUGGGAUCCUGGGCAGGACUUGAGCAAUCAGCCAGGCCUCGUCGUGCACCAGAGAGCCAGAUGGGGAGAAUCCCUAUCCAUGCGUGGAGUGUGAGUAGACCUUCAGAGACGGUUGGGCCUCAUCGGGCUUUGAGGCACCUUCAGGAGAAGAGCCUCGUCUAUGUGGAAUGUGGGUGACUCGGUAGCCAGAAGUGCAACUCUCACUGCACAAAAAGGAUGCACUUAGGUGGGAAGUGCUGUGUGUGAGGCAGGGACUGUGGGGGGUGCGAUCUGCGUUUACUGACUCCCUGUGGCAGACUUGGGAGACAUGUCUUGGGUUCACAGGAAACUGGUAGACCUCAGGGAGCAGAAAAACAGGCAGGCAGGGGUCCCGAGGUGCGCCCUCAGGGAGGAGCUGGCUGCUUGCCGGGAGCAUGGGCGAGACUCUUGCGCUCAGCCUGCCUUCUCCACACACCAUAAGGAUAAUCCCUAUGUGGACACCCCGGGGAGCUCUGCCCAUGGAACCCCUUCAGGGCUGGCACCCCGGCCGCUCCAUAGGACUGCUACUGGUGGCCUCCCAGACGCCUUCCUCACUAGUACUUGCAGCCACAGGGAACUGCCCCUUCCCAACAGGUAGCUCCUGGCCAGUGACCCAUUGAUCUGGGGAGAACAAAACCUCAAUGACUGACCCAGCUGGGACAAUCCAGAGGGUUGUUCCAAUUCCAGAGGUCUCCAUCAGACUGAAUGACUUCUUGGUUGCAAAUGGGUUGCAAGCCGGCUGCUUCCUCAGCCAGGUCCCACCCUCACUCCUGGAUAGACCAGUCAAGUCUCCAUUUCAUUGUAUCCGGGGAAUCUACUCCGAGACAACUUACGUGUGCAGGGGCUGGGAGCAGGGUUUUAGCCAUAAGUCACCCCUCAACAAACCCCAGAGUAUACAGAAUGGAAGCUCCACAUGUGCAGGAAGGAUGGGAAAACAAGUCUCAGUAUCCAUCAGGAAUGGAGGCUUUAGUGGGAUGUGAAGCCUCAUCUGGCACCAGAGGACACCCUUAGGGAGGGAUCAUGGCUGCAGCUUUAUCCUGCCAUCUUCUUGACAGACAUCAGGGGACAGAGACUUGCUGGCACAGACCACUCUGCCUCAUUCACCUCUGAGGGGCCUUCAGAAGUCUUGACGGCAGGGAAGAUGGCACACUCAACUACAGAGACCCCGGUUUUCCCCUUUUUGUAACCAGAUGGAGUAAAAAUGUAGAAGGCUUUAGUUAAGUAAUCCAGGAAUGCUCUAGUUGUUUUAUUUUCAUACACCAAUUCUUUCCCAGUUUCUCUUUUUCUUUUGUUCUAGUA